AUGAGUCAUAAAAAUAAUAAUAUGAAUUUUGAUCCACCAAAUAGUAACCUAAACAAAGGCAAUAACAAUUUAAGAAAUUUUAACAAUACAAAUCAUGGAAACAUUAAUUCAUUUAAUCAUGAAUCAUUUCCAAUCAAUACCAAUAAUAUAAGAAAUUAUGGAAAUAAUAUUAUUUCAAAAAAUGUGAAUCCUCGUGAUGAAAAUAAUUUUUUUUGUAACCCCCAUAUUAAAAAUUAUAAUUAUGAAAUAAAUGACCAAAUUAGAUAUAAUAAUAAUAUCAUAGAUAAUUCGGGUUCUAAUAAUGGACAAAUACAUGGAUCUUAUAAUUAUAUGACAUCUAAAAAUAUUCAAAAUGUAAACGACACAAAUCCACUAGCAAAUAGACAAAAUAGUAGCAUGAUUCAACAAACUAACAGUUCUAACAAUCGAAUGAUGGAUAACAUUCACAAAAUAAAUAAUAUCAAUGAUAUUGGCUAUCCAGGAAAUAUAAAUAAAAUACAUAAUAUUAAUAAUGUAUUAGAUCCAAACAAUUUUAACAACAUGCAUAGAUUAAAUAAUAUUAACACUAUGAAUCGAAUAGAAAAUAUGACUAAUAAAAAUGUGCAUACACAAAACUAUAAUUAUAUUCAUAAUAACCAUAUUAACAGUGAAAAUAUAAAUAAUAUUUAUAACCCUAUGGAACGUCAAACUAAUAUAAAUCACUAUGCAAAUAACAAUAUUAACGAUACAUAUAAUUUUAAUGCAAUUCAAAACAUUAAUAAUAUAACAAAGUUUAAUAAAAAUAAUCAAAACGAUAUUUCCAAUAAUAUUCCCUUUAAUACACCAAAUAAAAAUAAUUUUAAUUUACCUAACAUACAUUCGGAAAACAAACAAAUCGGGGGUCACUACAUUCACAAUUAUUCAAUUAAUGGAACUUCGGAUAUAAAAAAUGUAAAUAUCAAUCGAUUAGCCAAUAGAAAUGAUAAUAAUUUUAUGUUUCAUGAAAAAGCAAAUGAAACACUUCGGAAUCAAAAUAAUAAUAACACCAAUUUAAGUGAUAGACAAAUAAUUAAUGCACACUCUGGUCGGAUUGAUAAAGAUAACUUGGAUAGUGAAGGUAAUAAUAAAAAUAUAUACACAGGUCAUAACUAUCCAUAUGAAAUGGGAAAAAAUAAUAUGAACAUAGUAGGCGGAAUGAACCAAGGAGGUUAUAAUAUAAAUAACCAAGUGCAAAAUAAUAGAUCUAAAAAUGGUCAUGCAAAUAAUACAUUUGAAAAUGAAAUGAUGAACUCAUAUAAUAUGAACAUGUCAGGUAAUUCUAUUGCACAAGGCAAUAAUUUUUAUGACCCAGCAAGAAAUUUUGCAAAUAAUAAUUAUGGUAUUAAUAAUGUUCCAAUAAACAAUUAUCAAAAUGGUAUGACAUAUGAUCAAUAUUUUAUGAACCGUUCAGAAUAUGAAAAUGGUCCAUAUAAUAUUAACAAUAAUAAUAAUGAAUAUUAUUACCAAUUACAACGCCAACAAAAUCAGAUUAACUAUCCAAAUAAUAUUAUGCUUAAUCAAAGUAUAAUCGAAAGAAUUUUACGAAAUAAUAAACAAACAAUUGAUCAAAAUGUUAAUGAAAAUAUGAGCAAGUCAUAUACUAAUUUUUUAAAAAGUGUUAGUACACCAUAUUUAAGAAAAGCAUCAGCAAACAAACAUAAUAUCUAUAAUAACCAAUUUAAUACUGGUGAAAAUGUAAUUCAUAACAAUGCAUAUAAUUAUCAAAAUUUUAAUAAUCUAAAUGAUCAAGAAUUUGAAGUAUAUGAUCUUAAACUUUCGAAACCAGUUGAAGGAAAUUAUGAACAAGCAAUAAAAAAUGAUCAUGUUCAUGUAAAAACGGAACCAAAUUAUUAUACUAAUGCAAAAAAAGAGAAUGUGGAAAGAAAAAAAAAAAAAAAAAAUAUAGACCCAAAUAAUCUUGACGAAACAGUAACAGGAAAUAUUAACCUCGAUAUUAAGGAAGUUAAAAAAAAGGGACGAAAAAGAAAACUUCGUCUAGAUCCAACAAAUGAAGAAAAUAAAAAUGAAGCUAUCAAUGAUGUGCAAUAUACUGAUAAAGGAGGUAGCGAUAAUGUUGAAAAUAAAAUCAAUGAAGAACAGAACAAAGAAAAUGAUAAUAACACAGUACACACAUCCCUAUAUAACGAAAAAAAUAUGGAAAAUAUGGAACAAAAUUAUAAAGAAGAAAUAAAAAAUGAAACAAUAAACAUAUCAAAUUGUUUAACAAAAGCUGAUAUUGAAAAAACAACUCAAGAGAUAUCUUUAUAUUGUGACAAAAUAAAAAGUGAAGAAAUAAUUUUUAAAAAUAAUUACGAUAAAAUUGGUAUAAAUAAUAUAUUAUCAGUUUUAAAAAAUAAAUUAAAUAAAAUUAGUGUUAAUAAUAAUUCUUUAAAUUAUCAUUCUGAAAUAAAUAUUUUAAUUAAUAAUUUUUUAUAUGUAUUAAGAAUAAUAAAUAGACAUCAAAAAAUGUUAGGAAAUAUUUAUAGUUUUAAUUUUAACAUACCUAAUGAAGAGGAUAUAAGAAAUUAUUUUGAAAAUAGAUUUCCCUUUGUUAAAUGCUACAAAAAAAAUUAUGAACUAAAUGAUAGUACUUAUGACAAAGACGAUAAUAAAAUAAAACAAAAUGAAUGUAGCACAAACUUGAAAAUGCCACAAGAGAAUAGUAAGGUAGAACAUGAAGAAAUAAAAAAUGAGCAAACAACUUUUAAUGAUAAUAUAAAAAAUAAAUACACACAUAAUGAAGAGAAUUAUAACAAUUUAAAUAUGAUUGAAGAAAAUAAUUCAAAUUCUUUUGAAAAUGAAAAUAAUUAUAUAAAUAUUACUAACAAAAAUACAACAACUUAA